GUCUUCUGUUAUUACUGUUCUUCUCAUCAACAUAUUGGAAGUUUACUGGAGAAAAAUUCUUUAAAUGUGAAAUGUGGUGGAUCAAUAUUUCUUGUCCCCUUCAAACACACUGCUCACUCUGCUGAAUAUUGUACUGAGGUGCACAUUCUUAAAAAUGCAGGCUCCUUGCAGCUCCAGUGGCCCACAAAAGGCAAACAGCUGAGCAGAAUUGUGGGAUCAGCAGAGUCAGACGCUGACCUGACCUUGGGCUCCUCCAGCCUCACCCUCCCUGAGAAGCUGUGCUUUGUUUUUGUGUUGAGGUUAAACCCAGGGCCUCGCCAUGCUCAGAAAGCACUCUAUGGCUGAAGCCUAGCUCAGCGCCAGGUGUCACCUCUGUACCAGAGGCAAAGCCAAGGCUUCCCACCUGGAUUAGUUCCCAGCACAGCCGGGAAGCUCCGCCUGAAAAGGGCUGGGGCCAAGCAUCUGUCACUCUACGCAAUUUCAGCCAGUGAUUGGAUGAUGCUGGCUGUCAGUCACGAUGUAGAGGCGGGCCUGGAGGCCGUCCAUCCCGGAUGCUGGGGGAACUGCCCAAUCAGUGCGCAGAGGGAGAGGAAGGGCGGGCUUCCGCAAUCUCGCGAGCAUUUCUUCCUCAGCGACUCCCCUCCUCAUCCUUCAAGCCGAGAGUUCUCUGCUCCAGGGACUGAGGUGACUCUGCUUUGCCUGUGUCCCCCCCCACCCCCGUCUCGGGUGCCUGGAGGUUCCCCGAGAGGACGCCGGGUCACCACAGAACACAAAAAUGGAAACAAAUGUGAUGAGAAGAACAUUGAAAAUCAGAUUAAAAAUUUUGGGAGCAAUCUAAGGCAGAUCACAUCUCACUGUGGACCCGAACGCUACAAGCAUGAAGAAUGUGACGAGAAGCCAUGUGAAUUGAAACAAUACAGGAAAUCUCUGGUUUCUCUCAAAAGUGUUCACACACAAAUGUUAACACAAACUGGAGAUGGACCCUGUGAAAGUAUAGUAUGUGGGAAAGUCAUCAGUUGUUCCAAUGACAUUGAGAGGCAUGAAGAUUCUCAUACUGGGUGGCAACCUGAUGAAUGUCAACAAUGUGAUGAAGCCUCAUCUUCUCCCACAGAUGUUCAAAGUCACACAAGAACACAUAGGCGAGGUAAAGCUUUUCAAUGUGAGGUAUGUGGAAAAGCCUUUCAUUCCCCCACUUUAUUUAGAAAACAUGAAAGAACUCAUUCUGGAGAGAAAUCCCAUGAAGGUAAAGAAGGUGGUAAAACCAUGGUUUCACCCACAAGUCUUCACAGUCACGUGAUCACGCACAGUGGGAAAGUACUUUUUAAAUGUAACGUAUGUGGGAAAGACUUUGCUUACCGAAGUUUAUUUAGAAUACAUCAGAGAAAACAUACUAGAGAGAAACCCUAUGAAAGUCAACAAUGUGGAAAAGCCUACACUACUUUGUCUUACAUUCAGAUGCAUGAACAUAUCCAUAGUGGCAAGAAGACCAAAGAAUGCCAACAAUGUGGAAAAGUCUUCACUACUUCUUUAUCCCUUGACAGACAUGAACGAACGCAUACUGGAGAGAAGCCCUAUCAAUGUCAACAAUGUGGAAAAGCCUACACUACUUCAUCUUACCUUCAGAUACAUGAACAAAUCCAUGCUGGAGAGAAGCCCAAUGAAUGCCAACAAUGUGGAAAAUUCUUCACUACUUCUUCUUCCCUUCACAGACAUGAACGGACGCAUACUGGAGAGAAGCCCUAUGAAUGUGAACAGUGUGGCAAAGCCUUCACUAACUCCUCUAUACUUCACAGACAUGAAAAAACUCAUACUGGGGAGAAGCCCUAUGAAUGUCAACAAUGUGGGAAAGCCUUCAGUACUUCUUCCUACCUUCAGAUACAUGAGCGCACUCAUAGUGGGGAGAAGCCCUAUGAAUGUAAGCAGUGUGGCAAAGCCUUCACUAACUCCUCUAUACUUCGCAGACAUGAAAGAACACAUAUGAAAAAGAAACCCUAUAAAUGUCAACAAUGUGGGAAAGCCUUCACUACUUUGUCUUACCUUCAGAUACAUGAACAAAUCCAUACUGGAGAGAAUACCAAUGAAUGCCAACAAUGUGGAAAAGUCUUCACUACUUCUUCUUCCCUUCACAGACAUGAACGAACGCAUAUUGGAGAGAAGCCCUAUCAAUGUCAACAAUGUGGAAAAGCCUACAGUACUUCAUCUUACCUUCAGAUACAUGAACAAAUCCAUGCUGGAGAGAAGCCCAAUGAAUGCCAACAAUGUGGAAAAUUCUUCACUACUUCUUCUUCCCUUCACAGACAUGAACGGAUGCAUACUGGAGAGAAGCCCUAUGAAUGCAAGCAGUGUGGCAAAGCUUUUACUCAAUCGUCUAACCUUCACUCACAUAAAAAAACUCAUACGAAAAAGAAACCCUAUGAAUGUCAACAAUGUGGGAAAGCCUUCAGUACUUCUUCCUACCUUCAGAUACAUGAGCGGACUCAUACUGGGGAGAACCCCUAUGAAUGUCAACAAUGUGGGAAAGCGUUCAGUACUUCUUCCUACCUUCAGAUACAUGAGCGGACUCAUACUGGGGAGAAGCCCUAUGAAUGUAAGCUGUGUGGCAAAACCUUCACUCUGUCCAAUCGCCUUCACUCACAUGAAAAAACUCAUACUGGGGAGAAGCCCUAUGAAUGUAAGCAGUGUGGCAAAGCCUUCACUCGGUCCAAUCGCCUUCACUCACAUGAAAAAACUCAUACUGUGGAGAAGCCCUAUGAAUGUCAACAAUGUGGGAAAGCCUUCAGUACUUCUCCCUACCUUCAGAUACAUGAGCGGACUCAUAGUGGGGAGAAGCCCUAUGAAUGUAAGCAGUGUGGCAAAGCCUUCACUGAGUCCUCUAAACUUCACAGACAUGAACGAGCGCAUACUGGAGAGAAGCCCUAUGAAUGUAAGCAGUGUGGCAAAGCCUUCACUAAGUCCUUUAAACUUCACAGACAUGAACGAACACAUACUGGAGAGAAGCCCUAUGAAUGUAAGCAGUGUGGUAAAGCCUUCACUAACUCCUCUAUACUUCACAGACAUGAAAAAACUCAUACUGGGGAGAAGCCCUAUGAAUGUCAACAAUGUGGGAAAGCCUUCAGUACUUCUUCCUACCUUCAGAUACAUGAGCGGACUCAUAGUGGGGAGAAGCCCUAUGAAUGUAAGCAGUGUGGCAAAGCCUUCACUGAAUCCUCUAAGCUUCACAGACAUGAAAGAACACAUACUAGAGAGAAACCCUAUGAAUGUCAACAAUGUGGGAAAGCCUGCCCUACUUUGUCUUACCUUCAGAUACAUGAACAAAUCCAUACUGGAGAGAAGCCCAAUGAAUGCCAACAAUGUGGAAAAGUCUUCACUACUUCUUUUAACCUUCACAGACAUGAACGGAUGCAUACUGGAGAGAAGCCCUAUGAAUGUAAGCAGUGUGGCAAAGCCUUCACUCAGUCCACUCACCUUCACUCACAUGAAAAAUCUCAUACUGGGGAGAAGCCCUAUGAAUGUCAACAAUGUGGGAAAGCCUUCAGUACUUCUUCCUACCUUCAGAUACAUGAGUGGACUCAUAGUGGGGAGAAGCCUUAUGAAUGUAAGCAGUGUGGCAAAGCCUUCACUAUGUCCUCUAAGCUUCACAGACAUGAAAGAACACAUACUAGAGAGAAACCCUAUGAAUGUCAACAAUGUGGGAAAGCCUGCCCUACUUUGUCUUACCUUCAGAGACAUGAACAAAUACAUACUGGACAGAAUCCUAAGGAAUGCAAACAAUGUGGAAAAGUCUUCACUUAUUCUUCUAACCUUCACAGACAUGAACGGACGCAUACUGGAGAGAAGCCCUAUGAAUGUAAGCAGUGCGGCAAAGCCUUCACUCGGUCCACUCACCUUCACUCACAUGAAAAAACUCAUACUGGGGAGAAGCCCUAUGAAUGUAAACAGUGUGGCAAAGCCUUCGUUCGAUCCCAUCAUCUUCACAGACAUGAAAAAACGCAUACUGGAGAGAAGCCUUAUGAAUAUCAACAAUGUGGAGAACCCCUUGACACAUCCAGUGAACCUCACGUACAUGGAAGUAUUCAUGCAGAAGAGAAGCCUAAUGAAUACCAACAAUGUGGAAAAGUCUUUUUCUUGUUUUUUCUUUCACAGACAUGAAGGGACUCACACUCAAGAGAAACCCUAUCAAUGUAAGCAGUGUGGCAAAGCCUUCACUCAGUCCUCUCAUGUUUGCUCACAUGAACGGACUCAUACUGGAGAGAAGCCCUGUGAAGGUCAACAAUGG